ACAGAAUCUAUAUCAUUCAUUCAUUUUGGUUCAAUCAACCUGAAAUGAAAUGCCUCCAAAUGGCACUUCUCAAUCUUCCACGAAUUUUCUUCUCUCUACCUCCUUCCUCUUUCUCCCUUUCAGUCCCUUCUCAACCUUUGUUUCAACCACUCUUUUCUUCUUCCACUUCGCUCCGUCGUCUUCGGUGCCGCGCCGUCACGCCAAAUCCUCCUCCGCCACAUAACUCUGAUCCAUCUCCGGGAAACGAUUCAACACAACUUCAAGAUGUAGCUUCAUCAUUAUCAAAAUUUCAAGAUAGAGUACAGAUCUUCUUUGCUGUUCUUUUCUGGAUGUCUCUAUUCUUUUGGGCUUCUGCUUGGGAUGGAAGGAAUAGACCAAACAAGGGAUCAAGAUUUAGAAAAUAAUAGUAAGCAUUUAAUUUGUAUAUAUAUUGAAUUUAUUUGAAGUUAGAGGGACAGAAUCAUACAGCAAAGGAAAAAAAAUUAAAAUAUGUUAAAUGAAUGUUCUGAUUCUCCAUAAUCUUCUCUAAAAUAUUUUGCAUGCUAAAUUUACCUAUAGUUGUUUAUAACAUUGAAAAUAUAUAUUCAUAUUAUAAAAGUUUGAAAAUAAAUAUCUUUCUUCUUCUC